CUUAGUUUCCACUAACUCCGAUUCCAUGAAAUUUCCCAGUAGUUGUUUUCUAUAUUAUGUUCAUUAGACCAGAUACUGGUUUAUUUGGUUGCAAAGCUAGCAGAGGCAGCAGUUAUGCUACUUACAAUUGCCCUCUCUCUCCUCUAUGUUGAGAUCAAGGAAUCGGUGUUCAAGAAAAUAUUCACAGAAAUUGCAAAAAGAUUUUGGAGUGAAUGGGAGCUUCGUUCCAUGGUUGUUGUGAGUCUUAUUCUCCAGUUUCUUCUCGUCUAUUUUGCGAGGAAACGGAAGAAAUACAGGGGAAAAUUCGUGCCAGCCAUUUCAAUCAGUGCGUGGUUAAUAUAUUUAUCAGCAGAUUGGAUGGCAACUCUUGUUCUGAGUACCCUUCUUAGGGGCCGUACGGAACUGGAAAAUGGAUUUAUCGUGUUCUGGACGCCCUUUCUUUUAUGGCACCUGGGCAGCCCGUACAAUAUCACAGCUUACUCUAUAGAAGACAAUGAGUUGUGGUUAAGACACUUUUUCGGGAUGAUGUUCCAGGUCGGAGAGGCGAUCUACAUCUACGUCAGGUUUCGGUCAAACACUGUACUGAAUGCUUUGGCUCUUCCAUUAUUCAUUGCUGGAGUUAUCAAGUAUGGAGAAAGGAUAUGGGCACUCAGAUGUGCAAGCAAAAAACAGCUCAUAAAUUUCUUUUACUCAAGCUCAACGUCUAUAAGUGGAAAUGAAAGCCAUGUUGUUGGUAAGGAGAAUGAAAUGAUCAGAACAGGCCUGUUUGAUCUUCCAGGGAAGAGAGCUUCUAUUGAAGAUCGAAGCAUUCCAUCUGAGGUGAAAUUUCUUCGGGAGGCGAAUUUAUCAUUUGAUAUUUUCAAGCCUCUCUUUGCAGAUCUCCCAUUCCAGAUUUCGCAUAAGUUUCAUGAUGAAAUGGUCUUCCUGGAUUCUAAAUCUCCAGAUGAAGCCUUCAAUUUUGUGGAGAUUGAGCUAAGUUUCCUUUAUGAUUUGCUUUUCACCAAGAAUCCCAUACGAUAUAGACGACACCGUUCAGGCUUGAUUCUUCGCGGCCUCUGCUCUUUAUCUGUUGUCUCUGUACUGAUUGUUUUCUCAGCUCUCCUUCAUAAGAUCAAGCAUUCCACAGUUGACACUGUCGUGACCUACUUGCUGCUGUCAGGAGCUAUUUAUCUGGAGAUCUAUUCAUUUUUUAUGCACUUUGGGUCUAAGUGGACAAUGUUGAGGUACGCCGUUCCUCGAGACAAGCGGCACAAAUUGUACCAUGGGCUUGUUAAAAAAAGGUUACGUUCAAUUGUGUCAUGGAAGGGAAUCAACAAAAUGGCACAACAUGAUCUGAUAGAUUAUUGCGUCAAGGCCAAGGCAAGCCGGUUGACUCCUGUCAUUAAGCUCAUCGACACUGGCGACCUUUUGCAGAAGUUUGGGCAUGCCAAAUGGAAGCCAGUAGACAGUGACUUGAAACAAUUCAUCUAUGGUCACCUCAAAGAGAAGCGUACCAAGUUCAAAAAUGAGGGCUUUCAAGUCGAGUAUCUCGAGAAGUUGUUAAGCGAGAAAGGUGAUAGUGUAAUUAAGGAGAAAGGUUUUCAUCUCGAAGAUGAGUGGAAAUUGGAAUCGACAGAUUUCACCCGUCGCAUCGUUGUUUGGCAUAUUGCCACCGGACUUGUUUACUACGACGAUCUUUACAAGCAUCGAGGAAGUAGAUGCGAUUCAAUUCUCCGGAUUGGGAAAUCUUUGUCUGAUUACAUGAUGUACCUUGUACUGGUGCGUCCAUCGAUGCUGCCUAAUGGGUUUAGUGAGACGGUAAACAAAGAAACAUACCUCCAAACCCAGAGGUUUUUUGCUCAGACGACAGCGGAAAAACGCUUGAAAGCGUCCAUGAAGGAAUUUGUUUCGGCACUAAUAUCUUUGCAUUCUGGCUUUCAGUCAAAUGAAAUAGGAGCGCUACUCGAUGGGAUCAAGUUUGGCAAACAAUUGCAAGAUUUGGUAAGAUAUAAUAGGUGGGAUGAUGAGGAGAAGUGGAAAAUGAUUAAUGAUGUAUGGAUGGAGAUGCUGGUUUAUGCUGCUAGUCGUUGUACAUGGGAGGAGCAUGCGCAGCAAUUGAGGCACGGUGGAGAGCUGCUCACUCACGUUUCUCUUCUUAUGGCACAUCAUGGUUUAAGUACCCAAGUCCACAGAUUGGAAAAAUCUCAUGAUGAUCAGUGUGACGCAACGCCAUUUCCUGAGCCUAUUUGACCGGCACUAUACUCUUUCUUUUGUCUUCUUCUUCUCUUUUACUAACCAUCAAUGUAAUUCAUGGCAUUUCUUUUUCUCCUUUAUAAUGGGGGUACCUUAAGCAGUUUCUUUCGAUUUGUUUUUGCUUCAAAAAGUUAUUCAAUCACAAUCGAAUUUCAG